UAUACACAAGAAAACUAAGAAGCAAUAAUAUUGUAUCGAUGGCUUCAUCAGGAAGUGGAUCAUCUCCUUGUGGGGCAUGCAAGUUCCUUCGAAGAAAGUGUGCAGCAGAUUGCAUCUUUGCACCAUACUUUAGCUCCGAACAAGGAGCAGAGAGAUUCGCAAGCAUCCAUAAGGUGUUCGGUGCUAGCAACGUUUCCAAGCUGCUAUUGCGUAUUCCAGAUCACGAUCGUUGCGAGGCAAUGGUAACAAUUGCUUAUGAAGCUCAAGCUCGCAUCAGAGACCCUGUCUAUGGUUGUGUCUCCCAUAUUUUUUCCUUGCAACAACAGGUAGCAUGCUUGCAGGCACAACUAAUGCAAAUGAAGGCACAGCUGGAUCAGAACCAAAUGGAGUCCAGGAAUUGGUCAGAGAAUGUUGGACAAACAUUCAAUCCAUUUUGUCCCACUUCCAUGAAUAACCCUAUAUCUCCUCAGAGCUCAUUUGAUUCAAUUGAUUAUAACAGCAUCAAUGAUGAAGUGAGCAUGCAUGAUGUUCAAAGCAGAGAUGAUUAUUUCUCAUUCCAAGCUUGUUCUAACAAAAUAUCAUAUAACAACAAUGACAUGGGUGAGCUGCAGGAAUUGGCACUCAGAAUGAUGAGGAACUCUAACUCAGAAUUAAGCUAUCCUUAAUUGUUUUUGUUUUCUUGAAGGAUAUUCCUUUAAUGUUUAGGGGAGAUAGCUUUUUGCAUAGUGUUGUAUAUACUUAUGAGUGCCAAAGAGAAACGUGCUUGCUAUAGAUGAUAUUAGGCUUUUCUGUUUGUGGAUCCAAUCCAAAACAAAUCAUUUUUUUUUGCAGACUAGCAAACUCUCUCUCACAAUUUAUAUUGUGUUUACUCAAAAUAGAAUAGUAAUUAACUUCUGUUGAAAUAAUUUAGAGUUAUUUGAAAUACAAUA